AGCACCGCCAGACCAGUAGGCAACUUGCGCAGAAUUAUGACGACGGGGAUCCCGAGCCCACCUGAUAUCCUCCCUUGCUAGACCCAUCAUUCUUAUAGUCGUUUGCCAGCCAUCACUGUGCCAGACCCUCCUAAAGGUUGCCCAGGUGUCUACAAAGGCCCGAAGACCCGCAUAUCACACCAAGUCACGUUAGCGCCUGCUCCAGAUUGACCUUCACCCUGAUCGGAUAUCAGAUCUAGCCGAUAGCAAAGUCCGAACACUUAUUUGGAUCGAGCAGCUCCAAUUCCCGGGCUGUAGGAACCGAUUCACGAAAUCUAGGCAACAGUGUGUCACCACGGCCGUAAGCCCACUCUUCUUACACGCACACCCAAGGUCACCAAAGACUGGCCUCAUGGCACAUCCUCCAGGGAGCGGGGGCACCUCUUUAGCUCCAACUCCGACACAUCCACAUCAUCUAUCGCGGGAAACGAGCAAGGACGAGCUAGAGAUGGCCGAGAGUCUACGAUUACUUAACCAGGCCCACGAGCACCACAGACCGAGGACAGAGACCCCGUCACAGGAACAGCAUCAGAGUCACAGCCAGGAAGACCAAAGACAUGAGAUAUAUCAUUCACUGGAGGAUGCGGUGCCCAUCUCAGAGCAACCGACGAACCCGACAAACUCGACAUCUCUACAACUGCCCAACAUGAGCUAUGACACAUCCAACGCGCCCGUUGCCGGACAAGUCUUCACCGGUCGCUCGAUUACAGUUGAAACCAGAUCUGCAGAGAAGACGCUAAUGGACCGAAGCAACUGCAAGACAACACAAACGCCGCUUUGGCGCCGAUCACCAGCUGGAGAAACUGUGUGCAACGCAUGUGGCUUGUACAUGAAAGCGCGGAAUCAAUCACGUCCAGUGAAUCUCAAACGCAACACUCAGACUCAGCCGAUUAUGCCCGUGCAGCAAAGCCCAACUCCGGGCCCUUGUGACGGCAACCGAACGUCACCGGGGUCCCUUGCGGCUUCGCCCCGAGUCGCGACCUAUGUUGCUGCAGAUCAGAUGACAGCUGGUACAUGCCCUGGCGGAGGCCGAUGUAAUGGUACUGGCGGUCAACAAGGCUGCAGUGGUUGCCCAGCGUUCAACAACCGCGUGUCUAAAACUGCUAAAUUUGCAUUGGCUCAGGCGAAUGCUGCAUCAAGUGACGGAACAAACGGAGCAGAUGCUGCAUCCAGCGCAGCGGCAGCAGCAGCUUCUACAAGUGCUAUUCCCGCAUGCCAAAACUGCGCAACUACGAUCACACCACUUUGGAGACGGGAUGAUGCUGGUCACAUAAUAUGCAACGCUUGUGGGCUCUACUACAAGCUACAUGGAACACAUCGCCCUGUCGCAAUGAAGAAGCAGGAGAUCAAACGCCGGAAACGGGUCGUACCGGCUGGUGACACAGGUUCUCAAGCAGCGCCUUCUGUUGCCGACUAUUCCCCACCGCAGCGGCCGUCUCAAACCCCAGCAUUCGAGCAUUCUGUUUCUCCAGACCCAUCGACGGCGCUUGAGUCUCGAGAAGACUAUACACCUGAACCUAGAGGUCCCAUUGCCGUCGAUUUUACCCACUAUUACGGAAACGCUUCUGUAACCUCAAACCCGGUUGCUCUGGUACCGACCACACAACCCAACGCACCAUCACCCCGGAAGCGCAGUCGUAGUGCUACCAUGGACCCAGAAGAGACUGCCAACCCUGUGCCUCAUCGACCGAACGCCAUCUCGUCAAUAUUGAACCCAUCCCAAGCCGAUGGGAACGCCAAUAUCGACCCUUCGCUAUCUGUGCCUCUACGUCCGAGUGCGGGCUCGUCACCUAACCCUGGAGUUUCGCAAGAAGAGAAGGCAGCUAGGAGGGAGAGAUUGAAGAAAGAAGCGGAGGCUAUGAGACAAGAACUAGAGAGGAGACAGAAAGAGUUGGACGAGUUGGAGAACGAUUGA